AUGCCACCGGUGCCGAAAGAGAGACCGGCGACGGCGUCUGCGACAACCAAGCUGCCAGCCUCGAAGUCGAUACCCAAGCAGCCCACUCCGCCUGCGCAUCCACCGCCAGGUAAAGCUGCGGGCCCUCCGGCCAAGUCGCGGCCUGCAGAUGAUCGGUCGCGAACCCCAAAGCCACGUAAUGCCAAGGAUACCAAGGCGGCACCUGCCAAGGAGCCCAGUGUCAGAGGACCGUCACCUUCACCGCCUCCUCCGCGGCCUCCUCCGCCGCCCAAACAGGCGCCUUCUCCGCCUGCGCCUCCUACACCUCCGCCAGUGCCGCCCCCGCCUCCGCCACCUCCUCCGCCAGCAUCAGAUGCAGCAGCACGGCCGUUGACCUCCCCUGCAUCAAAUGCAGCACAUCCAGCACCAGCCGCACCAGCACCUGCGCCAGAGCACAUACCAAAGGCAAAGGCAGCAGCAGCAGCAGUGCCGAUUCCCAAACAAUCUGUUGCUGGUGCAGGGGUCGGCGAUCCAGGGAAUCCAGGGCCAAGGCCAAGGCCGCCAAUGCCCAACAUGGGCCAACCAUUCCCGCCACAGCCGCCGCAGCAAGGACCAGCACCGACCUGGGUGCCUGCUCAGCUUCCUCCACUGUUUCAGCUCCUGCAACUGCCGUGGCAAGUGACGAUCUACCUGCAACCGCCCCCCUUCUUUGCUCAUGCUCCGAAUGUGGGGCAUAUGGGGCCGAGGGCUCCACCGCCACCCGGGCCGCCUGCGCCGGAUCCGCGACCGACUGGGUCGCCGACUUCUCCGGCGGCGGCGGCGGAGGAGAACAACGACACUUCAGAAGGCGAAGCCAGCGAAGCCGAAGCCAAUGGAACAGACAAUGAGGACGAUGCUGUCACUCCAUGCGACAAGAGUGAUGGCGGCGAGGGCAAUGGUCCAGGCUCGGAUGAAGCCGCCGAGGAUCCGGACAGCGAGGAGCUGGAGCAGGACAACGCGGCCAAUGAUGAUGAUGAUGGUGGCCCUGACGAACGGGACAUGGUGGCCAUGGAGGCUGAGAUCGAGGAAGCGUUCGGGGAGCCCGGGGAGAGCGAUCUGCCGCCACCGAACUUUCCCAGGGCGCCGCAGCCAUACAGGUCCGUUGGCGAAGAAGACUUCGGAUUUGAUCCGUUUGCGGACAUUGGCGGCCCCACGUACGAGGAGCUCUUUGGAGAGGCUGCUUCUGCCCCGGAUGCUGGGGGCGUGCAUGGGAGCUCAGUGGCGGAGGCAGAGAAGCCGGAGAAGCCCACUGCCAAGCGCUUUCGGAAGGACCGCACGAACCGCAACAUGGUGACGACCGAAGAGCUGCCACAGUCGGAACCGUCGCAACAGUCGGCGGUUCCAAAGAGGCUCACAGUGGUGGACGGCUUCGAUGCUUGGUGCAGUUCAGAUAACUGGCCGUCCGAGGGCCCGAGGCCUCAGCCACCCCGCCCCAACCCUCGGGCGCCCUCCUCGCCCGAGGGCUCGGGCGCCCCGCCCGACAGCCCGACGCGCGAGGCCUCGGCCGCCCCGCCCGAGGCCUCGGGCGCUCCGCCCGAGGGCCUCGGGCGCCUCGGGCACCCCGCCCAGGCCUCGGGCGCCCUGCCCGAGGCGGGGCCCCGCACCCGAGGCCUCAAGGCCCUCGGGCGCCCCGCCCGAGGCCUCGCCCCGCCCGAGGCCUCGGGCGCCCCGCCCAAGGCGUCGGGCGCGACAGUUGCUACUUCACUGGAUGAGCCGGCAGCGAAACGGUUGUGCGUUGAGUCACCGAUUGAUGCACCUGUGGAACUUGGUCGGGGCGGCCACACAGAUGCUUGCGCCAACGACAGCGUGACAACGAAUGAUCAUCUCAACACACCUGCAAACAAUCCAAUCGACGAGGCAUCGGUGGAACCGGACGAGACGUCCAUGGAGCCAGUGACGGCCGAUGACACGAGUCACCACAUUGCUAUCGAGGAUACUGCUCAGUGUUUGUCAGUGUUUGUUCCACAUGAUGAUGUUCGGGGUGAUCAGAACCAGCACGUUGCAGUCUUGAGUUAUGACAUUGCGAUGGAUGCUCUUGACAUUGCUGUGGACAGUUCUGCUCAUGCUCCGAGUGACGACUGCUGGCCAUCAGAUGUGUUUCGUCGAUUGUCACAGAACAAGGGGCUUUGUAAUGACAACCUCCAGGGGCUGCUACCUAACUCCAGCGACUACAUCUAUACAGAUACAUCGGCCGAACGUAUUGCACAAGUGCUUGGAACAGAUGUCGGCACAUCAUUGUCCUUGAUGGGUUUGUUCAAGAAGGUGGAGCUAGCGUCAAUGAGCACAUCAUAUUCUGGAAUCGAUGCACCAGGUGUAUCAGUGAUGAGCAUCCUUGCAUAUGCCCAAGAGGAGUUGGACUUGACUGUGAACCAUCCAGAACAUGUUUUUGCAAUAGAAUGGAACCAUCAUUGCCAGCAAGAGCUGCUUGAACACCCAGCUUGCCCGUCUUGCCUAUUUGGCGAUCUGGAAGAGUUUCUCUGUCCGUUGCUACGAGGUCAGCUACCUGAGUUGCUAAGAUCACAGAAGUUGCAGUCAGUUCUGGAGCCUGUCAUCAUGGGUCAACCGUCCAAAGCUGUUGCAACGACAGCGUGGUGCCUGAAGCAUGAGCGACAAUGUGCCACAUACAGUCAUUUUCUCAUUUGGGUUGCGCAUCGUAAGAUCUUGCAAGAACCUGUGCUUGUGCAAGAGAACGUUACGUCCUUUCCGCGGGAGACAUUGCAGCGCCUGCUCCCUGAAUACGAGUGGACCUUUGGAGUUGUCAGCCCGGACUUCUUGGGCUGGCCGAUCCGACGUGAUCGACAAUGGGGGCGCCAUCGGGUCAAGACGAUUGGUUUCAGAUCAUUGCUGUCACCGUUUGUUGGUAUGUUCCAGCGAGCAUUGGCACCUGGUGCUUCGUGGGACAUGUUCUUCAUGGAGCAGUUCGUUUGCAAAUUCAUGACAGACUCCAACGCGCUUCAGAAGGAGCUGGACUGGGCAUCCAAUCGACCGUGUUUGGUUGACGAGAUCAUCAAAGCUUACAAGGUGCCCACCAUCCGGAAGGUUCAGUUCUUUGCCUCAGAGGUCGACACCGUGCUCAACGAGUACGUGAAAAGUGUGCAAAUGCGCGGAAUAGUUCCAGGCGUCAGGGGACAGGCCUGGUUGCUUGCACCCGACGGGGAGAAGAAUCAUCACGCUUACCUUGCUCUGACGUUCGCGUCAGAGGCAUUUUACGAAGCGUGGGGACGUGCAGACAGGGCCUCACACCCGAACUUGGCUUUGACAUUCAAAGUAGAACGCUCAUUCGCGUCCUACAAAGUCGCCCACGGGAUCACUGCCCGUAUGUCCGACUACGAAUCCAAAUAUAGAGAGUUCAUUUCUUCGCAGUGGCCUGAAGUUUGGUCGUCAUACCGUGCAUUCGAGACGACAAGAGUCGUGUACAACCACUUAACGCGGCACCAUGUGCUAGACUCCAUCAAAGAGGUCGCACAACGCUGGUGCGAAUUCUUGCACCCGCAGCUGUCUCACGAAGAUGUCCUGGCCACGAUCAAAGAGUUGCUGAGCGGGUGCGGCUCAUUUUUCAGUGCGAUGACAGAACAAGAACAACAGGCAAUCGUUUUGGAGAUGGUGUUUGCAGCGGCCCUUCAGCUGAAAGUGGUGUUUGCCAACACGUUGUACUUUCGCGUGAUUCCGCUGCACGGCGAGGGCACACGGUGGAUCUUCAAGAAGCCGGCCACAGCAUCGAACGACGUGGCGCUGUUGAUGACACCGGUGUCGGGCCGCGUGUUUUUGAUCCAAGACAAACUGAAGCAGCAGAAGCAAGCCGCAUCCAAGAAAGUGAACCCAACGAAGAUUUUGGCUGCAAACGAGCCCAAGCGAGCAGCAAAGGCAACCGCGAAAUCCAAGGCAAAGGCAAAACCAGGUGCAGCCAGUAAGACUGUUAUCGAGCCAUCAGAUGAUGCAGGGAGGACUGACAACGAGGUUGCCGUGCACGGCGUCGGUGGCACUGCAUUCGCACGGGAGAAGUAUUUCAUUGAUUGCCUCGUCAUGUGUGUGCGCAGUGCCUUGCGGGCAGCACGGAAGACAUUCGGUGUGCCAGAGGAGUCGGGGAACUUGACUGAUGCUGAGACGGGGCAACUCGUGUACACGCCAAUGGAGCUGAAGCUGUUAAGGGACGUCAUCAAAUCUGGAUUGGCAUUUCUGAUGGAUGGAGAAUUCAAGUUGCAGAACAAGACUUACAAGAAGUGGUCAUCUUUGCGACCAGCGCUUCAAUCCUCGGUGAUGAAGCGUUACGAGACGGAUCUCCAUGUCACGCGCACCUUGACGACAAGCUCUGGUGUGGAUCAGAAUGACGGCGAUAGGGUUGAGAACAUUGCAAAGAUUCUGCCUGCUGUCAGCAGGUCUCACUCCGAUAGCGAGCUUACGAGCAUUGUGAAGGCAUGCAAAUCGAAGGAGCUGGAGCCACUGAUUCCAGAGUUGUUCAGGUGGCUCGAUGCCGAGAGAUGCGCCACCAAGCAGACCAAUCCACUCGAGACAAAGCCAUCCUUGCACAUGACUAUGGCCAAGAUUCUCGAGCAGUGGGAAGACUUGUGUAGCUGCGGUGAGAGGACCAAUGUCGAGACAUGUAUCGUUCAUCAGCACAAAGCAGACGUGAUGGAUGUGGUAUUUCAGAUCUGCCAACUGACUUGUGCUAUCGUACCUCAUGCGGUUGUGGCGGCGGGAAAGAUCAUCAGCAGUCUGGUUGCCACCACGUGGGGAGGGGCUUUGCCUGCUGCAUUGCAGGAUCAUACGGAUCAGGAGUUUGUGAGGGCAAUCUUCACAAACAGAGGUAUCUCAGCGCUAGCAGAACUUCGCAAGGACUACAUAGUGUUAGCUUGCGUGCAUGCACUCUGUGACCGAGUCCAAUGCAAUACAGAUCAACUCAAGCAUUUGGUCAAGCAUCACAACGCCGUGUUGCUUGAAUUGGACACAUGCUGUGACGUCGCCGAGCUGGACGCCUUGAGCACCGGCUACGGCACAGCGUUCACAGAGCUACUAAAAAAAGGCACAGUGACAAUGGCUGAGCUUUCGGAGGAGACCAGCAAUUCCGAGAAGGGGCAAGGAUCCGCCGCAGGGUCGGCCACAGCGAACACCAGCGAGUCAGCAUCCGGAACAGCUGACGGGCGACUUUGUUCUUUGCGUGAGCUUAGCAAGCUGUGCCAACAGAAUCAGAUCAAUGCUUUCGGCUUGAGUACAACCGAGUCCUUGCACGAGUUGCGAUUGUUGAUUGCUGCAGACAUGAUGACAAAGUCCAGGGCCUACGAGCACGAGCACAGCUGCAACUCCAGCAUCUUCUUUCAUACCACAACUUCCGAGAAGGGCGAUAAGAGUGUGUCCAACACCGAAGUUUUGCUUCUGUUGCACGACGGCUGUGACAAGGUGACCGAACUCAUUGGGAAUGCCUCAGCAGAGCCUGUGCGUGUCACGCUUGAUGAAGUCACAACCGAGAACUUCCGGAACACCUUCCGCUGCUACCUGUGGGGUGACGUGAGCACCGAUGUUCAGGUGAUGCAGAAGAUGCCCAAAGUGAUGCAGGUAACAUCCAUCCAGGUUAAGGACAAGUCCGCAGAUGAACCGUUGAAACUCCACUUCGGGAACUCCGACGCAACCAUGGACGUCGACUUCUUUGUUCACGGCACGAACAACUCGAAGAUGGAUGCAAGUGUAGUGUGUCCAGGCUGGAUGAUCCCGCCAACGGACCUUGCCUCCCCCAUCCUGAAGGUGUAUGAGGCGAAGCACACAAUGCAGUUCAAGGGCGGAUCCAUCGAGUACACUGUGCCAUACCUGGCAAUGCCUGCUUCAGAUGGCGAUGCAAUCACCACCCCAGUGCUUGUAAAGGUUGUCAACGGCAAAGCAUUCGCAGUUCUCAUGCGGUCGCACUUGUCUUUGACUCAGCAUGUGCCAUGCAUCUGGUAG